UAGGAUAAGUGGGAUGAUGAUUCAAACAGGCUCUCAGAUGAUCCCACUUUGGGCAUUGUUGGUUACGCUGUUUUGUGGUUUCCCCGCUGCUCAUGGUGCCAUCAUUGGAGCAGCCGCAGCCUCUAAAAGUGACUGCUACCGAAAAACCUGUAUGGAUAGAGAGUAUAACAUCAGCGAGGCCACGUGCUGUGAGAAUCAACUUCAUCCGGGGGAAGGGCUGUCAUGUUGUGGAGGGCAGGCUUUCAACCCUGAAAAAGCCACUUGUUGUAAAGUAGGAGAUGGACACAACACAACAGAGGGUCUUAGCCAAAAGGUGUCAGUUUGCUGUGGACUGAAGGCCUACAACAAACUCAAUGAAAUGUGCUGUCAGUCAACCAUCGUAACCAAACCUGGACCAAAGGCCGAAUGUUGUGGUACAGGGGCUUAUGAUGAUGACACACAGUUGUGUUGCGGUCCGGUAAAUAACAAGACGAUCUGGAAGAAAGACUCCAGCGACAACAAGUGCUGUGGAUGGGACCAGUUCGACGCUAAGACUCAGUACUGCAGUAACGUGACUGUUACCAUACACUCCAUCAGUAAGUCAGGAAGCGUCUGA